AUGACAACUUAUUACCCAGCUCUAAAUGAACUUUUCGUGUUCCUAAAUACUACCAUCACACAAAUCUCAAGGUAUACUUCUCGAAUUCCCGGUUCGUCCAUUCUACUGAAAUACGUAAAGAACUCGCAUCAAGAUGACCCGUAUCGUUCUCUAUUGGAGCUUUUGUUAGCUUGUUUUGUGGUCUGGUACCUAUUUGCGAAAAAAUAUCGCACGGAUAACUUUAUUGAGUUGACACGACAGGAGGUUGAAGAACUUGUAGACGAGUGGCAGCCCGAACCUUUAGUUACCUCACUCAGUGAAAAGCAAAGAUGGGAGCUGGAGAAAACUCCUGUUAUUGUUGGACCACCAGGUCAUAAACCUAAAAUGUCAAAUGGCGAUACUGUGAUAAAUCUCGCCAGUUUUGAUUUCUUGGGUCUUUCUAAUAACGAAUUGAUAAAGGAAAAAGCAAUUAAAACUCUUCGUGAAUACGGAGUCGGUGCUUGUGGUCCCCCAGGUUUCUAUGGAACUAUGGAUGUACAUACCGAAUUCGAAAGGAAUAUCUCAAAAUUUCUAGGAACAGAAGAGUCUAUCCUGUAUUCUCAAGGAUUCUCUACUAUCUCUUCUGCCAUUCCCUCAUUCUGCAAAAGAGGUGAUAUUAUAAUUGUGCAAAAGGGAAUACAGAUUUCUCGAUCAAUUGUCAAAUGGUUUAAUCACAAUGAUAUGAAUGACUUGGAACGUAUAUUGAAAGAAAUCAGAGCGGAGGAUAUUGAGACAGGGCGACAAUUGACAAGACGAUUCAUUGUGACAGAGGGAAUCUUUCAGAAUUUUGGUGACAUUGCUCCGUUACCUGAAUUGAUUGAACUAAAAAAGAAGUACAAAUACAGAAUUAUUCUUGAUGAAAGUUUAUCAGUUGGAACUUUGGGACAAAGGGGUGCGGGAUUAACAGAUUAUUUUAACAUCAAGACAUCGGAUGUUGACAUGAUUGUAGGAUCAAUGUGCCAUGCGCUUUGUUCCUCUGGUGGUUUUUGUUCUGGAUCCCAUGAAAUUACUGAUUACCAGCGUAUCUCUGGUCCUGCAUACUGUUUCUCGGCAGCUUUGCCAGCUCCGCUUGCAGUCAGUGCCUCUGAAUCUCUCGCUUUUCUGUCGCAAAAUACACAUUUGCUUGUUAACCUCCAAGAAAACUCGCGCGCUUUUCGAAAUAUGUUUAAAGACAUGAACAAUUACGUAAGAUUAGACGGGGCAGCCGAUUCUCCUGUUCUGCAUCUUCGACUAAAUAAACAAGUUUUGGAUUUUUCCGAAGGUAAUGACGACGACAAUGAUAAUAUUAAUUCUAAUCGUCUUUAUAAUUAUCAUGGUCGUCGUCAUAAUAAUAAUUUAAGCGAGACAAGUGAUGAUUCGGAUAAAGCAGAUAGAGUGUUACAAGAAAUUGUUGAUAAGGCAAUGAACAAUGGAGUCCUAUUGACGCGUGCAAAAUACGUACGGGAUCAAGAGCAUUUUGGCAUUGAACCAAGUAUACGUAUAUGUAUAUCUGCAAGCUUUACAAAAAAGGAAGUGGAAAAUAUCGCAAUCACACUUAAAAAUGUGAUUACAAAUGUGUUGAGAAGCAAAACUCGCGAGAUUCCGUCUGCUACUUCUACUGCUUACACGAACGGCACAAAAUAA